AUGGUGCUGCUUCUCACUCAGUUUAAACAACGUUUUCAUUUUCGAAAUUUAACACGAAUUGCUACAGAACGAAAAAUAAAUUUGAGUUGGCAUUUUUUUGCAACUGCUCAUGGUAAGGGUGUAGUUGACGGAAUUGGAGGUACUGUAAAACGUCUUGUGUGGUCAGCUAUACGGGCACGAGGAGUAUGUCGAUCAACUGAAGAUUUUAUUACGCUUGCAAUGAAAAAAACUAAGAAAAUAAUUUUUAUUGAAAUCACGAGAAAUGAUAUUGAUAGUUCGAAAACUAAACUUGAAAAUCUUUUCAAAACGGCAAAAUCUGUUCCAGAAACAUUAAAAAUGCAUUCAGUUAAAGUGGUUGAUGAAGAUGAAUUAGAGUUUCGUUAUUACUCGACGUGUUCUCAGAAAAAAACCAUAACAUAUUGA